CUCCGGAGCUUCGCGGUCGGCGCGGCGCUCCUGGGCGGCCUCUUCUUCUACGACAUCUUCUUCGUCUUCGCGUCGGACAUCAUGGUCACCGUCGCGACGAAGAUCGACGCGCCGGUGAAGCUCGUGGCCCCGAACGCGCCGGGGUCCGCGAACCCCUUCGCCCUGCUGGGCCUCGGCGACGUCGCGCUGCCGUCGCUCAUGGUCGCCUUCCUCGGCCGCUACGGCGACGCGCGCGGCGAGGCGAAGUGGCGCCGCAACGCGGUGGUCGCGUACUCCGUCGGCCUCUGCGCGGCGUUCUACGCGAACGAGUGCGUCCGCGCGGGCCAGCCGGCGCUGCUCUACCUCGUCCCCGCGGUCGUCGGCUCCGGCGUCCUGAGCGCGGGCUCGGGGGACGAGCUCCGCGCGCUGCUCGACUACGCGGAGCCCCGCGCGCCGCCGCCGAAGGGGUCCCUCUUCAGCCGCGAGUAA